AUACAAUGGAACCAGGGCGGUGUCAGUUGCUGGAUCAACGGAAAACAGGGGUCCCUCUCAAAAACAACACAAACUCAACGAUCCUCAAACUUUAAAUGCUUUCCCAGGUUUAGUAUCCUUCCACAACCUUUCCCCUAGUCAACCUUCCAACUAAAACCGCAAUACACUCUUACAUCCCAAUCCACGUAGCUCCCUGUCUCGAACCAGUCAAGCGGUUUACCAUUUUUAUCAAAAUGGCGGCUCGUACUCUAGAGGCUUGCUUUGAGCGCAUGUCCGUUAAUGAUGAGAAUGAGUAUCAGAAUCAGGAGAAGAAAUCAAAGGCCGUUGUUACAACAACACAGUUAACACAAAGCUCGAGUCGCCCGAAUCUAUACAAAGUCGCCCUGCAAUCGCAGAGUGCGAACACUGUCACCACUACAGUCACUCUCCCAUCCCAGGCCGCACAACGCAAAGGCGCCCAGCCUACCUCGCCUUCGAGGAAACCGCUUCCGACUGCAAGUGCAGCGUCGAGAGCAUCAGAUGAAAAAGCACUGAUCGAGCGAAAGUCGGCGAGUUUAAUUGACCAAGUGCUCUCACCGAAACAAUUCCACCUAGGCAUGUUCGAGAUUGGGCGGCCUCUGGGAAAGGGUAAAUUUGGAAGAGUCUACCUCGCACGAGAACGCACGAGUGGCUUUAUUUGCGCCCUCAAGGUUCUGCAUAAGAGCGAGUUGCAGCAUGGCCGGGUAGAGAAGCAAGUACGCCGAGAGAUCGAGAUCCAGAGCAAUCUGAGACAUCCCAACAUUCUGCAGCUGUUCGGUCAUUUCCACGAUAGCAAGCGGGUCUUUCUGAUUCUGGAAUUCGCCGGAAAGGGUGAGCUGUACAAGCAUCUGAGAAAGGAGAAUCGGUUUCCCGAAUGGAAAGCCUCUCAGUAUAUCGCCCAGAUGGCUAGUGCCUUACGAUAUCUACACCGCAAGCACGUCAUCCACAGGGACAUCAAACCCGAGAACAUCCUCAUGGGGAUUCACGGUGAAAUCAAAAUAUCCGAUUUUGGCUGGAGUGUUCAUGCACCGAACAGCAGGCGGCAGACAAUGUGUGGUACUCUCGACUACCUCCCACCAGAGAUGCUGAGGCCAGGUAGCUCGGACAACUUCUACAAUGAGAAGGUGGAUCUGUGGAGUCUGGGAGUGUUAACAUACGAAUUUCUGGUGGGUGAGGCACCGUUCGAGGAUACGCCCGUCAUGACGCAAAGGAGAAUUGCGAAGGCCGACAUGUCCAUUCCUUCGUUCGUCAGUCCCGAAGCGAGGGAUCUGAUCAAGAGAUUACUGGUUCUCGACCCUGAGAAGAGAAUCCCGUUAGAGCAAGUCGCGACUCAUCCUUGGAUUACGAAGCACUGCAUCAAGGGGGAGCGGGCCUCAAAUAGGGAGAGAUCGCACUAAUGAUCAUCAACGAAUUAAGGAAUAGUCUUCACUUGUAAACAUUAGCGACUAGGCGUUUGGACAAGGGCAAUCUGGCUGGGAAUCUGCAUAAUGGGAAAGGAGUCGGAACCUAUUGCACGUGUCAUUCUCAUUCUAAUAAAAAAACACGAUUCAUCAUUACUCAUCGCUUCGUAUUUUACCCUUGCCUCAACUCCUAGUCCUAGUAUGGGGAUGAAUGUUGUUACAGGUAGUAAUUACAGACUUCCUUUCAGAAGUGUUUUGUCAAUGCUU